AUGGCAGGCGGCGACAUGCUUCCACUCCCGCCGCAUUUCCACCCGCUUCAGGAGCUCUGGCCGUCGCUCUUCACCCCCUCCGCGCUCUCGCUGCCAUCGCAGCAGCUCGCCGAGUCCCUUUUCGACGUCGCAGGCUUCGCCGUCUUCGCGACGCUCUACGCGUUCGCGAUCUCGUUCGUCUUCCCAUGCCCCCCGCAUCAGCCACUCCUGCUAGGAAAAAUGUCUCUGCAAAUGAGAAGGAGUGAUGGGAGUGCUGUGGCCGCUCGCCCUAAUAGCAUCCGGUUACCACCUCCGCAGCGCCUCAGGAACAGUCUUUUACUGUCUCCCAUUGCUCCCAGAUACAUUAAUUUCGCAGGAGUGAUGGGAGUGCUGUGGCCGCUCGCCCUAAUAGCGUCCGGUUACUACCUGCGAAAGAGCAUCCCUGAAUUCACGUGGGCUCUCUCACUCGUCCUCCCUGACAUGCUGCUGCUCGUCAUCCAGAACAUUCAAGUUCUUCCUCCGCUAGGCCAUCCCCGAAUUCACCUGGGCUCUCUCCCUCGUCCUCUCUGGUAUGCUGCUGCUCGUCAUCCAGAGCUCUUGUUCCCCCACUCUACAACGCCCAGCGCACGUUCUCUCUCUCUACAAGUGGCUCACGCACUCUGCUGCUGCCUUCACUCACUUUCUCUCUUCUCCCUUACCCCCUUCUCCUUCCCAUAUCCAACCCCAACAUAUUCCGCCUGCAGAGCUCUCGUCCCUCCCCUCUACAACGCCCGGCGCAUGUUCUCUCUCUACAAGUGGCUCACUCAUUCCGCUGCUGCUGUGCUCCCUCUCAUCCUUUCAAGCACUGCAAGGGCGGGCAGUGGCAGCGUGUGGCGCCUGGUGUGGCUGGGAGCGCUGGUAGCAUGUGCAGGUGCGUUGGCUGUGCUGCGAUGGGUGUUCACUUGUGUGUUUAUGGUACUGGGAGCAAGCACUGAAAGGGUAGGCAAGUGCAGCGUGUGGCACCUGGUGUGGCUGGGAGCGCUGGUAGCGUGUGCAGGUGCGUUGCCUGUGCUCCGAUGGGUGUUCACUUGUGUGUUUAUGGAACUGGGAGCAAGCACUGCUGAGGGCGGGCAGUGGCAGUGUGUGGCGCCUGGUGUGGCUGGGGACGCUGGUAGCGUGUGCAGCUGUGAACUACCUGCUGUGGGCUACAACAUCUUCUGCUUCCUGCUGCCCACCGUUGUGCCUCACAGACACCUAUCCACUUGCUCCUGUCCCCUCUCCCCCUCACCUCCUCUCCUCCAACUCCCAGCUGUGAAUUACCUGCUGUGGGCGUACAACAUCUUCUGCUUCCUGCUGCCCACCGUCGUGCCUCGCAUCUUCGAGCAGGACAUUACAUCGCGCGCAGCGGCUAGUGGCACAGAUAGAGUGGAAGCAGUGGGUGGUAGCAGCGGUGGUAAAGGAAAGAAAGGACCAACUCAACCCACCAUCCCCCUUCCCCUUUCCAGGGGACAGGAUCACAUACUCCCCCUCCCUAGUGCCCCGCAGCUUCUCCGCCAAAGCUUCAUCCACGUUAAAAGCAGCCUUCAGUACAGCGGUAGGCAGUGCACUGUAGACUGA